CAUUGUCCCAGCACCUGUCCCAUCCCAGCACAGACAGAAUGAAUCCUUUACUCGGAUAGCACGUGUAUACCCUGCACACCCAUCCCUUCGUCUCCUCCCUUACAGUCACAAAGAUGCCUCGUCCCCUUCCCAACGACCCGACUCGCCAGUGGCCUCGCCCUUCCUCUCACCCUCGCCUCCUCCGUUGUCCGGUCCGCAUUGCCUAGAUGUGUCCACUGGCAAACAUACACUAGGUAGGGGCAACUCCUCCAUCCACGGCAUAUCUCUUAGUUGCAUACUUCAAACUCAGCAUGCUUUUGUACCUCGACGUCAACCCCAAGUCAGUCACUGACAUACUUCAAACUUCCAAACUGGGACACCAAUCUUCUCAAUCUGUCAAGUCCUACGCCACCGCUGCCACGGCUGCCAUGCCCAGCCCAGAGCAGUCGAGAUCGCUAUUUGGUCGUUGUCCAGCACGUACAGCCUGGGCCAAGUCCGUGCGACUCAUGUUUUGACCCUCAUACCACGCCUUGCCGAUUCCUCCCUUGCUCAUUCAUAAACAUGCUCCUCUCCUGUUGUCCUCAUGCCAGACGAUCUUGUCUGAGUUCUGUUCGGCGUCGUGUCUAUUUCACAAUCCGAUCAGUGCUUCGACAACAAUUCCCGUCUUAUCUCGGCAUCUGUCACUUAACUCCUCAGUCAACAUAGGUAUCAAGUGGUCUGUGGCCCAAGAUCGACAACGGUACCGCCACUUCAACCGGCCUUCACACAACGUCGUCCAUAUCCUGCAAGGAUCUUCACACUCCCUACAUCUAUCACUGUCACCUCCAACGGCCACCCGACCACCCUUCGACUUUCAACCUCGCCAGUUCCCAAGACUCGGGCCACGCCAAAGACGAAGCACAUAUCAGCAUGUGCUGGCUUUUUUUGUAGGACUUCUUUCAAUCUCUAUACUUGUCCUUGUGUCGAUAUUGCUGUUGUAAGCAUUCAUCAUGCCUUCUACUACAGCCCCUACUACUGCCACCAUGCCCUUCCCCGAAGAGCAAUCAGGCUGGUGGCCCUCAGAGAAGACUGCCAAAUCCAGACUCAGAGCCAUCUUCACCCGCACCAAGUCCGACAACAAAAUCCCCCAGUACAUGUCAACAUCGGACUAUAUUCAGACCGACAUUCAAUCCAUCUCGACCAGCAACCUCACUUCCACCAACCCCACCCUUGUUACAAAGCGUAACCGCAGCACGACGUGGACAAACCGCAAUCCUCGUCAGUCAAGCCGCACACUCAAGGAUAACUCAACUAGGAACAUGACUUCUCGCGAUCCUCCGCCUCUUUUUCAGGCUUGUCUCCAGGCGAGGCUUUCGGAGGUCUUGGAAGUCCCUUCCACUCUGACUGAGGUUCUCUUCCGCACUUCUCCACGCCGGAGGAAUAGCAUUUCCGGCGAGAGCUCUUCGAGGUCGAGCUUCGCCGACGAUGAAAGCAUUGGCUCAGCCAAGCAUAAGCGAAACUGGUCCGGGGCCAGCUCCUGCUCCAUGACUCAGAAACUCUUUGUCUUGCUCCGCAAUGGCUUCGUGCUCCAAUACAGCGCCGAUGGUUUAAAUGACCGCCUCCCCGAAAAGAUCCUUGAACUGGGUCCUCGGUCUGUGGCUUUUGCAUCUGAUGCCAUUCCAGGCAAACACUGGGUGCUCAGGAUCUCCCAUGAUCGCCAUUCAAGUGCGGUUCCCUCUCAUGCUUCGAAGCACUCUUGGUCCAAGUUUGGCUUCAGGCAACAGGAGAACAAGCGACUUGUUCAAGACCUGCUCCUGGUCUUUGACAAUGCUAUCGUACUAGACUCAUGGUUGACGGCCGUUCGCAAGGAGAUUGAACUCGUUGGCGGGCUAGAGUAUCGACCAGACUCCCGGAGUGAAGAUCACAAGCAGGACGCUCGUCGAUCAUUAAAGGCACAGAAGAGCCUUCCCAACAUCUCUCAAGCCUCGCUCCAACUCUCAUCCGACUAUCUCUUCAAGGAGUUGCCGCCCUCUCCCAAACUUCUCCCUCCUAUGCCUAAAUGGUCCACCCCCCGCAAUGUCUCUCGCUCGACGACUGACUCAUCUAUUCACACUUUGAAUGACCUGGACGAUCUCCGGGACUCCUCUUUCUCGGACACACGGUCGGUGUCGACCUCGUGCACUAGCAUUGCCUCGCGUUCUCCUGCGGUAGAAUCGUUUACUCUCAGUGCCAGCGUUUAUCAGGGAAGCCAGACCCCGGCUAGCACCACAUCUAGGCUGUCCACCCCAACACAGGAUGACGUUGGCGAAUUGUCCAUGUUUAUGGCAACUCCUCGGAAGAACUCUACCUCGGAGACCCUUGUGCCAAGACCACUUCGCACCAGGGCUUCCUCUGGGAGUGUACCAACAUCACAUCAUCCCGAUGUCAUCGAUCACGCUCUGUUUGUCCAGCCAACAAAGCAUCUCGAAACCGGCUCAGCUGACGUAGGAUCUCGACCGAUCUCGGUUAUUGCACCUCUUCCAGAGCCAGGUCAUCUGAGGAAGAUAUCUGCACGUUAUCGAUACGAAGCUCAGGGAACGACGGUCCACCCCAACACCCCCAACUCCUCACGUCCUUCGAGUGUUCGCAGUCGGAGCUCUUCAUCGGUCACUCAACUCGAUUCACCGAUUGACUUGCCGAACAGAAGGACACCGUCCUACAGCCUGUUCCCCAAACGAUACUCGUCUCUCGAGGACCCAGUCCAUGUCUGCAGCCAGUCUGAUGUACAGAGCCCUCCUUCAGUGACUCCGGGAAGCGCUCGAGACAGCAGUGGAAGUAGCUUUCCAUUCUCUCGAACUUCAGAUGAUCGAUCUGAAGCCCGCUCGUCUUUGACUAGCAAUCGAUCUGUGCGGAGAAAGGCUGGCAGAGUUGCGUCUGUUGAUAGCAACAGCGAGGUGCAGACGGAUUCUCCACAACGAUCACCUGUUGUCACCGAAGCUCUUCUCCAAAGCUGCUUUGGAACUGCUUCUGUACGACGUCCUGCUCAAGCCCAGCCUGUGUUGGUCAACUCGAAGGAAACUUCGAUCGAGACCACGAUGCUAGAAGUAUCAGCAUCGAUUGCACGAGCGUCUCAGGGCGUCAUGUUGAGCAAUCCGCCACGAAGUGUUGGCCACAUCAAGGGACAGAAGAGCAUGCCUUCUCUUGUCGGCUCCAUGCCUCCAUCGGGACCACCUCCUACGGGGCCUCUUCCGGCUUUGCCCACUGAGGCCUUGUCUGCUGUAGCGAAAAUGCGGAAGGGAAGUCGAAGCAUCAGCAACACACCUCUGCCUUUGCGUUCGCCGUCUUCAAAUGCACCAAAGCACAUGCACGCGGAAUCUUCACCGUCUUCUCUAGCCACCACAGCACCAUCGCUGGUGUCUUUGUGCUCUCCUGCUCCGCCCGCAUCCUCUACACAAAGCGUGACACACACACGCAAGACCUCAUCGAUCUCAUCGGUCGGGUCCGUCCGACACGUGACAGCGUGGCUGGCCAGUCCCAAGAUCGCUGCCUUUUCGGCCAAGUAUGAUCUUGAUGCGACACCACAGCUGAAUGUCGACAUUGAAGACCAGUCUUUCAGCUCAAGCUUUGGGAGCUUGAUGCACUAGACCCAAGUGGCUUGUCCACUAUGUUACGUUUAUGAUGAAUGUAUGCAACAAUGAAUUGGCAUGAUAUGAUUGAUCGGGUUUACGACUUUGCAUAUGCAUUACGGUUGGGGCUUCUGUCACCCCUUGGAAUGAUACCCCAAGACUUGAACUGGGAAUGAAAAAUUAUGGUCAUGUAGUCUGUAGCCAAUGCCCUGUAGCUAGGGCGAGAGGAGUA